AAAAAAAGAAUGAGUAGUUUAGAUGUAGCUAGAGGUAUUACAAUUUUUGGUAUGAUUUUAGUAGAUAACCAAGGUGGUCCAGAUGUAAUUUGGCCAUUAAAAGAAACUGAAUGGAAUGGUUUAUCAACAGCUGACCUUAUUUUCCCAUCUUUCCUUUUCAUUUGUGGUUUUUCUGUUGCAUUGGCUUUAAAGACUGCUAAAAAUACAAGAUCAACAUGGUAUAAUAUCAUUAGAAGAACCUUUUUAUUAUUUUUUAUUCAAUGUUUUUUAAAUUUAAUGGCACAUCAUUUUGUAUUUAGUUCAUUUAGAGUUAUGGGUGUUUUACAAAGAAUUGCACUUUGUUAUUUCCUCAGUUGUGUAAGCUUUUUAUGUUUCCCUGUAUUCUUGCAAAGACUUUUCCUUUUGGGAACAACUGUUACAUACAUCUCAGUAAUGUAUGCAUUACCAGUACCAGGAUGUGGUAAGGGUGUACUCACCCCAACUUGUAAUGCUGGUGCAUAUCUCGAUUUCAAAGUAUUCGGUCCAAAUAUGAUACAUCCUAAUGAUCCAGAAGGUUUAUUAUCUACAUUAAGUGCAUUUAUUACAACUUGGAUGGGUUUGGAAUUUGGUAGAGUAUUUACAACCUAUUAUAGAAAAUAUGACUAUUCAAAUGUUGACCUUAUUGUAAGAUGGAUUGUUAUGAUUGCAUUAUUUAUUGUACCCGCAAUUGGUUUAGGUGCUACAGUUAUGCCUUUCAACAAACUUAUUUGGAGCUUUAGUUUUGCCCUAUUUACAGUUGGUACUGGUGGUUGCCUAAUUACAGUUGCAUAUAUUUUAAUUGAUGUAAUUGAAUGGGGUAACAAAGCAAGACGUUUUAUAGAUCUUUUAUCCAAACCCUUCAUCUACAUUGGAACAAAUCCCAUCACUAUUUACUCUUUAAUGAUCUUUAUCGAAAUUCUUUUAAUGUUUUAUAUUAAAACACACGAUGGCACCUAUUUAUGGACAAUGUCAUAUGAAAUUCUCUAUUUGUCUUGGUUAAAGAAUGGAUAUCUUGCCUCCACCGUUUUUAGUUUAGGUUGGUUCGUCUUCUUUGACCUUAUUGCAUACCUAAUGUUUAGAAACAAAAUAUUUAUUAAACUCUAA